GUUGGCAUGACUUUUGAUCCUUCAAUAAUAAUGGAUAGAUAUCAUGUGCUUCUGUUGUGGAAUACUUGCAACUCUUCAUUUCAUUUUGAUAUUCAGUCAUGAGUAAGAACAGAGAGAAGGACGAAGCUUGUGGACAACGAAAAAACUCUUUCCCGGCUAGAUUGGCUCUCCCAACUUUCGAAAUAGGAAAUUUAUCACAACCACAAAUGCAUCGAGAAUUAAGAAAUCUCAGAUUUAUCAAUCCUGGGGAGGCAGCUGUAAUCUCCACAAAAGAAGCUUUGUACAAUAAACAGGGCGUUCGUAGAUCUACAAGGCAUCGGAAAGCAGUAACAUCUGUCGAUCGCACGACGGAUUACAUUCCCCAUCAUGACGAAGAAGGCUAUUAUGUCAGGGCCGAUGGUCAUUGUGUUAAGUUAUGCGAUUGUUUGCGGACGACUUGUCCUGGCUGUCAUUAUCCAUGUGGAAAGUGUGGUUCACGCAUGUGUGGGCCAGCUUGUCAGAAGAAUCGAGAUUACAUUAUUGAAAGCUUUUUUACUGAGUCUGAACCACCUCGGAUUCGUAAACAUCCUUAUUAUAGUCCUCUGAAGCGUGAAAGCUAAAGAAGCAUCAAGUGAAAAACUGUUUGUAUUUUGCAUGGAAAGAUUUUGUUGGUACUGUUUCCAUGUGAUUUUAUGGAAAUUAGUUUUUAAUGCUAUAGAAUGGAUCAAAUUGGCUUUAUAUAUUUACAAAGCUAUUUUCUUUUAAUCUUAUUGUUAAUCAGUUUCCGACACAGGUAAAUUUUCAUCAACUUUUGUCCAGUGCAAAAAUUGCUGUUUCAGAUUGUUGUGCUGCUGUAAAAUUUGAGACGUUUUCCUUCAGUCAGAGUUCAGGGAAGCAUUUUGUAAAGUGCUUAAUAAGUCGACAGCCAUUUUCGAGUUUAUUUGUUCUAAUGCAAUUGUACUGCUGGUUCAUGAAAUAUUACACUUUUGGUAAUUAGUGCCGGUUUUCUAGACACUGUUGAGAAGAAAUCGAUUUCGAAACCUUAAAAAGUCGUAGAAUAUUAAAUUUGUCACUGACUGUUUAGGUUUCAACUAUCUCUUCAAUUUUACACGUGCGAUUUGAAUUUUGCUGUGAUACUGUUUUGUGAGAUAUUUCCAUGAAAACUGCAAACUACUAUUUCAUCAGGCGUAGUAAUAACCGGUAUUAAAAUGUCAGUGCCUACAAUUG